AUGCUUUAUAGUUCAUAUCACGAAGAACAAUUAUUUAAAGAAUUAUUUCAAAAUUAUAAUCCAUUAAUUCGUCCUGUACGAAAUGUUGAAGAUACUAUAACUGUAUCAUUUAGUAUAGCUUUAUUACAAUUAAUAAGUGUAGUUGAAAAAGAACAAGUACUUAAAACAAAUGUUUGGUUACAAGUAGGAUGGUACGAUUAUCAAAUGCAAUGGAAACGAGAAAAAUAUGGUGGCAUUAGUUCAAUACGCGCACCACCAAGUCAAGUUUGGACACCUGAUAUUGUUUUAUUCAAUAAUGCUGAUGGGAAAUAUGAAGUAUCAUUUAAAUCUAAUGUUGUUAUUUAUUAUAAUGGCUAUGUGAAUUGGGUACCUCCAGCUAUAUAUAAAUCAAGUUGUUAUAUUGAUGUAAAAUUUUUUCCAUUUGAUAAACAAAUAUGUGAAUUACGUUUUGGUUCAUGGACAUAUGAUCAAAAACAAUUAAAUUUUACUUAUUAUGAAGAAAAAAUACAACAUGUUACAAUAAAAGAUUAUGUUGUUAGUGGUUCAUGGGCUCUUCUUGAUGGUCCUAUGACUAUUCAACAAUCAUCAUAUGCACCACCGACAAAUGAUGGUAAUGAUACAAGUGAUUCAAUAGGAACUAUAACAACCGCUCGACUUGAAAAAGCUGAGGGACGUGAUCGUGUUGAAUUUGUAUGUAAACUUGUAAUAAAACGUAAAACACUUUUUUAUACAGUCAAUUUAAUUAUACCAACGGUGCUUAUUUCAUUUUUAUCAGUAUUCGUUUUUUAUUUACCUACAGAUGCUGGUGAAAAAAUGACAUUAUCAAUCUCAAUUUUACUUGCACUUGUUGUGUUUCUAUUACUUAUAUCAAAAAUUUUACCACCAACAUCUAUUGUUAUACCAUUAAUAGCUAAAUAUCUUUUAUUUACAUUUAUUAUGAAUAUAAUAACUAUAUUUUUUACAGUUGUUAUCAUUAAUUAUAAUUAUCGUACACCACGUACGCAUAAGAUGCCUUAUUGGAUAAGACGUGUUUGUAUUGAUAUAUUACCACGUAUACUUCGUAUGGAAAGACCAAAAAAAUAUGAAAUCGAUGAUAAUUUACAAUCAGCAGAAGCUGAUAGAGAAAAGCAAACAAUAUUAAAUUAUAUUCAAGCAUCACGUGCAUUAUCUAUAGCAUCACCAACUAUGAUGAAUAAUAAUCAUACAAAUCCCAAAAAUUAUCAUGAUCAAUCAUUAGAAUUAAAACCACGUCAUUUAUCAAAAAAGAGACAUCAUCAUCAUCAUUAUCGACAUUCAUCAAAACGACGCAACCAACAAUCAGAGCAGCAACAAAAUAUUAAUCAAUCAUCAACAACCACCGAUGAUGAUGAAAAUAAUUUAACACCACAAGAGGUUGAUAUUUUAUUAACAAAAGAAGCAUAUGAAGCAGCAGAAGAUUUAAGUUUUAUUGCAAAUCAUAUGCGAUCAGCUUGUCAUUAUGAAGGGAUUCGCGAUGAUUGGAAAUAUAUUGCAUCUGUAAUUGAUCGAUUACAGUUAUUUAUUUUCUUCUCUGUUACUGCUGCUGGUACAUUAAAAAUUUUAUUUGAUGCACCGGAUAUUUUAAAAGUUAUCGAUGAAAAUGCUUUAUUGAAAAAGUGGGAUCCUAAAUUUGGUACUAACAGUUAA